ACACAUGUGCUAGGAAGAGAAAGAACAUGGUUGCAACACAAGAGUGGACAUUAGGUAAGCUGGUUCCUAAACUUAGGAAGCACCCAACUAUGAAGCAUAGAGAGGUUUAUGACUGGUUUGUGAGGAAGUGCGACAUUAAGCUAAACAGUACCUGCAUUACUAGGGCCUUAAAAUCAGCAAGAAAAGUAGUGAAAGGAGAUGAAGUUGCACAAUAUGCACUUAUCUGGGAUUAUGCUAACCAACUAUGGACCACCAAUCCAGGUUCAACAGUCCAAGUUGGUGUCAUUCCCAUGCCUGAAAGUCCUCCACAAUUUCAAAGAUUUUAUGUAUGUCUCGAUGCGUGUAAGAAAGGAUUCAAGGCUGGGUGUCAACCGUUGAUUGGCCUGGACGGAGCCUUUCUAAAGACCUUGCAUGGAGGACAGCUGCUGACUGCUUGUGGCCAAGAUGCCAAUAAUCACGUGUUCGUGAUUGCUUAUGAAAUUGUGGAUGUCGAAAAUAGAUACAAUUGUCAAUGGUUUCUUGAACUGCUACACAAUGACCUUGGUGACUACAAGAAAAAUGGAUGGACCUUUAUCUCAGAUAUACAGAAGGGAUUAAUCCCAGCCAUGCAGGAAGUAAUGCCAAGAGUUCACCAUCGAUUUUGCGUGUGGCAUCUCUGGAGGAAUUUCUCGAAGCAGUGGGGGAGUAUACAAAUGAAGGAGUUGGUGUGGGAAUGUGCUAGAUCAAGGACUGUGAGUGACUUUGAUAGAAACAUGAAGAGAGUCAAGGUGAUAAACGAAAGGGCAUGGGCUAAUUUGGAUAAGUGGCCGAAGAAAGCAUGGACUAAAGCUCAUUUUUAUGAGGGACUAAAAAUGGACACUAUUUGUAAUAAUGCUUGUGAGUCGUUUAAUGCAAGGACAAAGCAUGAUAGGGCGAAGCCUAUCCUCACAUUGGUAGAGGAAGUUAGGAGGAUCAUAAUGAAGACCAUGAUCGACAAUAGGCAGAAACUGACAAACUACUAGGGAAUUCUGCCUCCAAUGCAACAAAGCAGGCUUGAGGCAAUGACAAAGCUUUCUCAGCAUUGGUCCCUCCAAUGGAGUGGUGAUCAGAAUGAGGACUUAUACGAGGUUCAAGGCUGGCCAAGUACAAUGGUUGUUGACUUAGGAAAGCGUACUUGUACAUGUAGAUUCUAGCAACUGACAGGUAUCUUUUCUCAAUCUUUAUGUAAAUGUACUAUAUUAAUAAUGCAAAUUGGUCUAAAAAUAUAACUGCAUGCACAAGUAUGCCUUGUAUGCAUGCCAUAUCAUGUAUACAAGAUAAGAAUGAUAAGAGGGUUGAGGAUUACUGCCAUAAGUGAUUAACCAUGGAAUCAUACCGAAAAACAUAUGCUUUCCAUGUUAACCCAAUCAAAGGCCAAGACUUAUGGAAAAAAAUAGGUUCACCUGCACCAGUCUCCCCUCCAAUUAAUCCCAAAUCAGAUAGACCCACAAAGAACAGAAGAAAAGAUAAAGAUGAAGGAGGCUCUGGUUCCAACACAAGGAUGAAGAGAAAAUAUAACCCAUUCGAUGCAUAUUUUGUGGUGGGUUUGGACA